UUUUUCUGACUAGACCUUCCAGAUGUCUUCAGAAUUCACAUUCACUGCAGCUUUCCCAUGAUGUCAGUUUGCAAAAAAAGAAAUACACUGCCUUUUAAUCAAUCACUACCCCGGCUUCGAAGUUACUACGGUUAUCUGCUAAUUUUUUAAGAAAGCAACAUCAACUUCGAGAUGGAACUGUCUUCAACAGCCAUAGGAGAAGUCGUCCACCCUACCGCGGCGUAUUAUCAACCUCCCCCGGAAAUCCAGGAACAGUCAGAACCCCCAGAUCUGGAUAACUACUAUUCUGAACUCCCCUGGACGUCCUCUCUUCUCAAUCCCAAGAAUCGUAUAGACAGCCUUGACCCGCCCCUGAAUCCCCUAUGGCGCGUCGAUGGUUGUGCCGGCUUGGGCAGCCAAUAUUACGUGAUCCCGCUUUUCAUUAAACAUGUUCCCCCUAUACGCAUGGACGUCUUCGUUUCUAAUUCACAACCGCGUCUUAUCCGUGACCAGCUCGAAUUAGACAAGGCCUUCCACACCAAGGACUCCGCUCGGCUACCUAGACUUGCCGUAGCGAAACACAUCGUUCGAAUCCUCCAGCGCUGGACUACGACCGAUUUUCAUGACUUAUCAUCCUUUGAAAAAUUCUAUAAAGGCGUGCCUUUUGGCUCACGUCUGAUUCUGGAGAACAUGGCACUCGACACAGACCAGGUCCAAGUUAAAGUCGGCCUCAACCAUAACUUGGAGCACAAGCUACUUCCACUUUCACAGUUGGCUUACUUUUGGGGCCCUGACUUCCCAUUUCCUCCGGUAGUCGACUUUUUUGAUCUUCACGUUGUCCAAAUUCUACAUGAUAGCGUUUGUCUCGUACGAAUUAACGAGGAGCUGUUCAUUUUCAAGGCAUUGACCAGUGGGGCGAAAUACCUUUACCACGAACUGAAAACUCUCUGUACCAUCGAACCCCAUGAGAACAUCGUUAGGCGGCCGAUGCACGUCGUUACAAAGAGGUGCAAUUUCGGUUUCAAGAAGGCUAUCGCUGGUUUCACUACGUUUUAUCACCCUAAAGGUACUAUUCGGGAUGUUCUGCCAAGUCUACAAGCUCAUGGUCUACUGCAUCGCAGUGACCAGUUGAAGUGGUCAAUACAGCUGACGAAGGCUCUCGAACAUUUGAAAACUCGCUCUAGAACAUACUACCCUGAUUUGCGGCUCGACAAUAUUGUACUUUCGGAGAAAUCCGACGUCAUCAUGGUUGAUUUUGAGCAGAGAGGCGUAUGGUGCGAGUUUGCGGCACCGGAGGUUAACGCUAUUGAAUACAUGCGCCUAAUUGCAACCGACGAGUGUGUCCCCGAAGCCAUAGGCAAUAAAUACCGGAAGAUAAUGGAGGAACUGGUCCCAGGAUUCGAAGAACUGGAGAGUGAAAAAUACACCAACCCGGAAUAUGGAUUCAACGUACCAUGGAUCGCCCUCAGCGAAACAGAGCAAGAAGCUGCCGAGGUGUUCAUGCUUGGGAGAGUCUUGUGGUGCAUCUUUGAAGGGGCCAGCGGUCCGCAGAAAGCCGCCGUGUGGCAGUCGUAUAGAUGGGAACCCGAUCUUGAGUUUCCCGAGUACAGGAGAACCCCUCCUGCGAUGAGAGCCUUGAUAGACAAAUGUACGAGGGGUAGACGAGAGGCUCUUGGCAACUUCAUUAUAAGGCGAAACAGCCAGCUUGUUCUAACAAAUAAACCAGUCAGUGAACAGAGUGCCGACGAGGUCAAGCAGGCUGCAAAGCGCUUCUGGUCGACCGAAAUCGAAGUAGCAGAGAAGUUUCUGGAAGUCAGAGGUUCCCAACGUCGUAAGGGGAAAUGGAACGACAACUACUUCGAGCGCCCAACCUUGCACCAGGUCUUGGAAGAGCUAUUAGCAUUCCAGAACGGAGCCAUCUGAGGCUAUGCAACCAACCAUACCUAAGAAGGGGGGUUAAGAAAACCUGGUCAUACUACUGAGACAAGCAUCUCACUCCACGUUCCUUUCGGUAUAAGAGUCAGUAUCAAUAUAUAAUAUGCUUCCAAAUGAUUCCUAGCGUACCCUAAUCAUGCCGCCGUGAAAGAAACCCCUGCCAAGCAUUCUAGAGCAGAAAGACUCGGAAAAGGUAUUUAUUAGGGGUCAAAGUAUAGUAAUG